CUCAUCAACAGUUUUACAAACGUGACGGGUUAUUUUUAGAUGUGAACGCCGGAGAGGUUUCAGUUGCGAAACUUUAAGGCGAUAAUCUGUUUAAAAUUAAGAAAAGGAGGAAAAAUUAAUUGCUAAAAUGACUUUAACGGACCUUACAAAUUCCGUGGAAGGCAAUAAACCAGAACCGUCAGUAGUUGACAUCGGACAAGUGCUGGUAGAGGUUCUGAAACAGGCCGUGUCACAGGGGAGGAUCACACUUGGAGGUUUCGAAUGCGCCGAAGUUCUUGAAACGUGCCCAGAACAAGUGAUGCUAUGUAUAUUACCGAAGGUAUCCGACUCAGACACGAUGAUUAAUAUUCAGCACAAAUUGAUUGAGGCACAUUGUUGGGAGAACGAUGUGAACGUUGUUAAGGUCGACAGUGCGGAGAAAUUAGUGUCCCUCCUGACGACGCCGGAUAAAAACUCGAACAUUGACCGGACUCAAGAUUUCAGCAGUAUCCUUAUAGGAUUUCCGGUGGAUGAAAUGAGCUCGGACGAUUAUCAGAUGACGAAAUAUUCCUACUUAUUCCAGGACAACCAACUUGAUGUAAUACCUUUACCAGACUGAACAUUUCCAGUGAACAAUCUAUGUAUAUUAUGAGCAAGUGGAUAGCACAAGUCCAUAAAAGUUUCCGUCCAGUUAUAUGUAAUGGCGUCAUCAUUUUGAGUGAUCUACAAAAUAUACAAGACAUUUUUGACUCAUCUUAAGGGACGGUCUGUUAUACUGACGUUAUUUCUUGACGUCAUUGUUUCUUACAUGACAUGAGUGUGAUCUUUAACAUACGUCUGUAAAAGAAAGGUCAAAGUUCAAUUUCAAUCACUAUAGAACAAUCUAGCUCACUACAUGUACUUCAUUUAACAUAUGAAUAUUUAAUGAGGUAUGCACGUGAUGCUUCUGUGUGUAAUUAUAUAAUCGAUAUCAUAUGAUCGAUAUUAGAUAAACGAUAUAAGAGAAUCGAUAUAAGACACUCGAUUUUAUAUUAUCGGUAUUAUAUAAUCGAUAUGAAAUGGUUGCAAGUUUCAAGUAACUUUUAACGCAUGAAAGACUCGUCGAUAUUUAACAUACACCAAUAUUACCAAUAAAACCAAACAAACAAACCAAUAAAGUUAUUUUGAUUCAGUGCUAAAAUGUUCAAUCAGUGCGAAAAGUUCAUCUUUGGUAAUCAUAUAUGCAUGAUUCAUUUCUAUCAUCAAAUUGACUUGGCGUGUUUUGAACACUUUCUGUUGAAAUUAAAAGUUUCAGAUCUACCUUUAGAAUUUUAUUAGCAGUAUUUAUAAAUUUAUGUUGCAACAAUGUUUUGUUGGGUUAUUUUAACAAAGAAAUAACAGUCUAACUUUAUGUUAUUAAGACAAUAUUGCUCCAUAUCGCUAUGGGUUCGAAUCCUGCCAGAGUCUUUGUAUUUGUUAUGUGAAGAAGUGAUCCAGCUAGCUUACCGAAUGUGUGGUUCUACUCAGGUGCCCGCUCGUGCCUGAAAUAAUGCUGGGAGAUGCAGCUUAAUUAACUCGUCUGCUUAUAGUUUUCCUAUGACCUUUAAAGUGCUGGUUUUACCUAAACCCCAUAUAUAUUAUAUGUUAUUGCCUAAUAGUAUUUCCGUAAAAUAAUAUAUAUUUAAGUUGCAUAUAUCAUCAGUGUAAAUACCACCAUGUUUAUGUGCUGGCCACAUUAACUUAUUUAUGUUUGUUUCAAUAAUAUCCUUUCACAUAUGUGUUUAUAAGCUGUUUAUUUAUCAUUAUGUUGUUUGCUUAACUUGUGGAUUAGUUUUUAUGAUGCUUUCAUUUUUACUUAUUCAGUUUUCUGUUUUUAGUAGUUUGUAUACAUGUAUUUAUAUGUUACAGGAAUCUUGCCCAUUUCACUCAUAUACCGAUUUUUUUUCUGACAAAACAAUUUCAUCAGUCAGAAGUCACCGCUUUAUUAUUUUUUAUUGUUAAACAGUAUCCCACACAUUUUGAUUCUUUUAGAAUCUUGGAUCUGCUCAGGCUCAAAAUUCACAUUAUGAAAGACAUCCAAAAAGAAACUUUUCAAUCCAAAUGAUUUGUUGAUUCUGGUGCUUCAAAGGAGUUUCUGUAAAUAAAAUUUUAUUUGGAGCGCUUCGUUAUUUUAAACCCCAAACUAUUUUCAGUAAUAUUUAUUUUGUUUCUUACUAAAGAAUAAGAUUACUUGCUUGUUUUUACUUGCCUAAAUUUUUGAGAUACUGGUUAUACAAGCAUUCAUUUUAGUGAUAAAAACAUUAACUAGCAUAAAAUUUUAUUGAUACAAUUUUACUAGCGUAAAGUUAAAUGAUACAAGUUUCUUUUUAGCAUAAAUGUUAGAGAUGAAAGUUUAACUAGCAUAAAUUGUAUAGAUAAAAGUUUUACUUUCAUUGUUUUUAUAGAUAAAGAUUUUAAUAGAAUAAAAUAAUAAAUAAAUGUUUUAAUAGAAUACCUUUUAAAGAUGGACUUUUUACAAGCAUAAAAUUUAUAGAAAAAGAAUUAAAGUGUAAUCAGAAAUAAUAUUGUAGCCAAAUGCUGGCACUGUUUUUGUCAAAAAUGAAUUUUCCUACAUGCUCUUUUAUUUCUCAGAUAUAUUUUUCUUUUUUUUUCUUUUACAAUUUUGCUGUGCAAAGUAUUAGUCUAUAUAUUAUUUAUUAAAUGUCAUCAGACGAACAACUGUAUUUAUCAUAAUAAUAACUUAAUUCUUCCCUCAUUGCAUAAACAUGUGUUUAAGAUAAAUGAGCCGCGUCACGACAAAACCAACAUAAUGGGUUUGCAUCCGCGCAGUCUGAUCAGGAUCCGUGUUGUUCGCUUACCAACUCUAUUACAAGUAGAGAAACUGAUAGCGAACAGCAUGGAUCCUGAUCAGACUGCGCGGACGCGCAGGCUGGUCUGGAUCCAUGCUGGUCGCAAACCCAUUAUUGUGUUGGUUUUGUCGUGACGCGGCUCAAAUGUGUGACAUGUAUAAUGCGGAUUGGGAAAUGACUUUUGCAUGCAUAUGUCUGGUUAUGUAAUCGAAAUAUUUGUUAAUGACUAAUUUGUUAUAAUAUGCUGUAUCAGUUGAAAUGAAUAGUGUAUUGUGUGUUACAAAUACUGAAAUAAAACAAUAAAAAUCAAGUAUGAUUA